UAACUCUGUGCUAGCAAGUUGCACGUGCUUUGCACGUAACAAAGAUAUUGUCAAUCAAUGUAGCUUUGAAAUGUGCUUUUUAGGGAAGAAAACACAAUCCAAGGUAAAACCAAAAGCAAAUAUGAAUUGAAAAUUGUAAUAAUUAUUCGCAACUAUCAUGACAUUUUCUUUAACAUUCUAGCAAACAAAUAGUAUGUGGAGCUAUAGUAUUUUUGUAAUACUCCAACAUUAUAUUUUGGAUUGGACUAAAGUGUGACUCAAUUCGGGUGCGACCCAUCCAGCUUCCUUCAUGUCAGGCGGAAUGUCCUAACAAGUACGAUGGCCUAGCAGCAUGACACAAUCAGGGUGUGAUUGGAUGACACUGGAGUGCGUCGCGUUGGUCGACAUUUUUUUCAAUCACGGCGUUCAGAAGUGGAUUCUAUGUCUAUGGGAUUCAGACUCCAAGAGGAGCUUGUAUGCGUAUGGCGUUCAGAUCACCUAUACACCAAUUAUCAACACUUACCGCCUGGUCGGUGGUCGCGUUGGUCAAUGUUGCUACAACAUUCACUCCAUACGUUUAGGGUACAUUUUUAUGGGCUAAAAUUGAAGACAUGCAUUAUUCACACAUUAUUCACAAUCACAUCAUGGACCUAGGCGAAGAUCAGAAUUCCUUUAAAACCAAAAGAUCACGAGCCACAAAUUGGCCCUCAGUAAUGUCAAAGUUUCUACUUAAUUGGUACCUUGAGAAAAAGAAGGCGAUGCCACCUAAGACCAAAUUCAAGAAGACACACCACCAUUAUUGCCAAGCUGCACUAAAUGCUAGAUUUGAGUCUGCUUACACUGUUGAUCAGGUCCAUCGCCAUUUGAGGCGUCUCAAGGAGGUUUGGAAUAUUGUGGCGCGUUAUAUGAACGAGAACGGGAGCAGGUUUGACAAGAAAAACAAAAUGUUAAUACUACCUUCUGCAACCAUGGCUGCUCUACCCUUAGCAGAACGUGCUAUUCUCGUUAAACCCAUUCCAUUCUUCGACCAUUUGCAAGCUCUCUUCAGCGAUUGCCCAGUUGAUGGUGCCUCUAUGACAGACCUGCUGACAGAUGCUGACUUAAAUGAUGAUCAGAUGGAAACCCAGGAUCCGUUGAACAUGAUGGUUGUUCAUGCAGACACAGGGGACCCACACGAGGCAGGCUUGGACAAAGUUGUUUUGGGGGGUGAAGAUGAGUGUCAUGAGGUUGCAGUUAUUAGCGCCGUUGGUACAGUACCAUGUGAAGUUAUGUCAGGCACUAGCGCACCAUCUGCUGAACCAUCAGGAUCGGCUGAGAGCACAAUAGCUGCUCUCAAACCCAGCUUGAAGCAGUGCAAGAUAGUCAGCAAAGCAAAAGCAAAUCCAAAGCCACAGGCUGUUGCGCUACAUGAUAGCAGGAAACCAGACGCGUUCAACAGGAACUUAAUGGGGAUCCAUGACAGACUCGAUAAACCAACACGGACAGCACCACCACUGUCAGACCCAAAUGCUCCUCUGUGGAACAUGCUAAAGGAAAUUCCAUUGACACCUGCUGAUAGGCUGUCAGUUGGGAUUUAUCUUUGUAAGCCAGAGUCUGAAGUGCAUCGAAGUUUUUUCAUGAGUAUGGGUAAGGAGUACCUAGAGGCAUGGGCCCACAAGUUCUUGAGUGGAGGGGAGCCUGGAGCCUUAUAGUUUGAUUGCUUAAUCACGGCUCAUUGCUUUAAAUUCAACCCAUGCUGUCCGUGGAUGAAUUGUUCUUCAGACUUCAGAGGGCCUUGUUGGUGCUGCUACAUAUUGGUGCACCUCUUGUGCUAUAAGCAUUGGUAAAUAUGAUUAGUUUUUUCGCGGGAAAACUAUUAGUUAGUUAUUAUCAUGUAACUUGCCUUAACACCUUACCUGAUAGUCCAGUGUAGUUUGCGGACAAUUUGUGAGCAUCUUAUGCUCAUGGCUUAUUCUAUGUAUGAUCAGAUGUCCCAAGAUUACAAAUUUCAACUGAAAAUGAUUGUAUGUUAUGUGUGGUUUGUUUUC